CCUUUCCUCUCCCCUUUGUGCCUCCUAUUCUCUUCCAUUUCUACGUUCGUUGCUUGUUUUCUAGGGUUUCCCAAUCAAAUCCACACGCAAAUUUAGGAUUCAUAUCCUUUUUUUUUUCUUUGGUGUUUCCGUGGGGUUUUGGUUCUUUGGGUUUGUUCAGAUCGGAUCCGAGGAUGUUGGAGCAGCUGCUGAUCUUUACGCGGGGCGGGCUGAUCCUGUGGGAGCUCGGCAACGCGCUCAAGGGAUCCCCGAUCGACGCCCUCAUCCGCUCCUGCCUCCUCGAGGAGCGCUCCGCGGACUCUGCCUUCCAUUACGACGCCCCCGCCGGAUGCGCCGCGUACACCCUGAAGUGGGCCUUCGACAACGACCUCGGCCUCGUCUUCGUCGCCGUCUACCAGCGUAUCCUCCACCUCCUCUACGUCGACGACCUCCUCGCCGCUGCCCGCCGCGAGUUCUCUCGGGUCUACGAGCCCAAGCGGACCUCCUACGAUGAUUUCGACGAGACCUUCCGCCAGCUCCAGAAGGAGGCCGAGGCCCGGGCCGAGGAGAUGCGCAGGUUCAAGCAGGCCGGCCGUGCCCCCGCGGCGCCUGGCAAGAAGCAAGUUCCCGGCGCCGCUUCCAGGGGUUCCGGGAAGCAACGGAGUAGUGGUGGUGGCGGUUCGGGGAAAGAUGAGUCCGACGGUGAUCCAGGAAAAGGUCGUCGGUCAGAGAAUGGUAGUUCUAAAGGGCAUGAGAAUGAAAUAAAGCCGAAUUCUCGCGCCCAGAAUAUAGUAGUACACGGACAAGAGAACGGAGCCCCUCGAGUUGAGGCUUUCGAUGUAAGUAAGCUACAGAAGUUGCGAUCCAAAGGUGCUAAGAAGACGGAUACUGGUGGUGGUGGCUGUAAGGCUGCCAAGGCAGAGCCGAAAAAGAUUGCAAAGAAGAACAGAGUUUGGGACGAUUCGCCUUCCGAGUCGAGACUGGAUUUCACAGAUCCAGUGGAUGAUAGAGGCGAAGGGCCUGAGGUUGUGGUAGCAGAUCAGGGAGAGAGCAUGAUGGAUAAGGAGGAAAUUGUAAGCAGCGAUAGUGAGGGUGAGGAGGAUGAGGAAGUAGAGACUGAGAAACCUGGCACGAAGAAGAAGGGGUGGUUUUCGUCUAUGCUCCAGAGCAUUUCAGGUAAUGCUGUGUUAGAGAAAUCCGACUUGAGACCAGCACUGAAAGCUCUCAAGGAUAGGUUGAUGACCAAAAAUGUGGCUGAGGAGAUUGCUGAGAAGCUUUGCGAAUCAGUGGCAACAAGUCUUGAAGGGAAAAAAUUGGGCUCCUUUACAAGAGUGUCUUCAACAGUCCAGACAGCUAUGGAGGAGGCGCUCCUUCGCAUUUUAACUCCAAAACGAUCCAUCGACAUUCUACGAGAUGUCCAUGCUGCCAAGGAGCAAGGAAGACCUUAUGUUGUUGUUUUUGUUGGUGUCAAUGGAGUUGGAAAAUCUACCAAUCUUGCCAAAGUUGCUUACUGGCUUUUGCAACAUAAAAUUAAUGUCAUGCUGGCAGCAUGUGAUACAUUCAGGUCAGGUGCUGUUGAACAGCUUCGCACGCAUGCACGCAGACUCCAAAUACCUAUUUUUGAGAAAGGCUAUGAGAAAGAUCCUGCAAUUGUAGCAAAUGAAGCUAUCCAGGAAGCUAAACGCAACAAUUCAGAUGUUGUUCUUGUUGACACAGCUGGUCGAAUGCAGGAUAAUGAGCCACUCAUGAGAGCACUCUCCAAGCUCAUCAAUCUCAACAACCCAGAUCUAGUUCUUUUUGUUGGAGAGGCUUUGGUUGGAAACGAUGCUGUGGAUCAACUGACAAAGUUUAACCAGAAAUUAGCCGACCUGUCCAUGGUUCCUAAUGCCAGGUUGAUCGACGGCAUCUUGCUCACCAAGUUUGAUACAAUCGACGAUAAGGUUGGAGCAGCUCUUUCCAUGGUUUACGUUUCCGGAGCUCCGGUGAUGUUUGUUGGUUGUGGUCAAUCGUAUACCGACCUUAAGAAGCUCAACAUCAAGUCCAUUGUCAAAACUCUUUUAAAGUGAAUGUAGUUCUUUGCUCUCUCUCUCAUUACUGUUUGCUACUCCUGCUUUGACUUUAAUCCCCUGUGACCUCAUUUUCUUGGCACUGGAAGCAAAUAAAUCAUAAUGUUUUGGUUUGGAUUUA